GGCUCAACUACCUUAAUGACAGGACAGUGCUGAUUCUUUUAAGUCAUUUUUUGUGAUAGAACAGUUUAUUACAUUGGCCAUUAAAGAAUGUUUCAAAACUUGAAGCUAAGUUAUCCCAGUCUAAGGUAAAAGCUCAUCCAUUUUUAUACAUGGGUUAAAACCUGUGAAAGUCCAAAAUCGGGCCUUAGCUGCUCCUCGAAGGUAGUCCAGGCCUGCAAUCCCAGCUUGUUGGAAGAUUGAAGCAUGAGAAUUGCAAGUUUAAAGCUAACCGAUGCAGUUUCAUGACGCCCAGUCUUAAAACUUUAAAAAGGGGGCUCGGGGUGGGUAAAACACUUAGCAGCGUUGCUCAGAGGUCCUUGACGUGAACACGUGCCCAUACACACGCACACAGACUCUAGAAUUCAUUGUAAGUUUCUUUGCAUCAUGUAUUUUCAGUAACAUCCAGGAGAUGAGAGCUCGGCACAGAGACGCUUUCCUGAAGAAACAUAACCUCAAACUAGGUUUCAUGUCAGCAUUUGUGAAGGCCUCGGCGUUUGCCUUGCAAGAGCAGCCUGUUGUAAAUGCAGUGAUUGAUGAUGCAACCAAAGAAGUGGUGUAUAGAGAUUAUAUUGACAUCAGUGUUGCAGUUGCUACCCCAAGGG